GUGAAACGACUGUAACUUUAACUGACCAAUCAUCAACUACACCAAUUAAUGGAAUCGCCAAUAAGCGAACAACUUUCGUGUUCAACGGCAAUGUAUCAAGAUCGGCAUGGCGGCCUGAGAUAUGCUAAUAGUGGGAUAUUUCCGGCUUCAGCUUCACUGAGUAAAGUCGUUGCGUACAGGAAAGUGUCGGUGCAAUGUAUAUAUAUAUCCAUAUGAUGAUUACAAAUUAGUGAAUUCAUGCAGAAGUUGGUUGUUUUUCUGGAGCAAUUCAGCCUAAAUACCCAGUUCAAGGUUACAACACAGAAUUCUUUGUGGGAGCAGUACCAGAAGCCAUUCCAGGUGUGAGGCUUCUUCCUUAACCACUGCCCUACCUGCAGUCAUGGACUACAUUCAAGUAACCGUCAGUAUAAGAGGAUCGACAUGCUCAGGAGAGUCCAUCGCGGUCGUGGGUAGCUGUGAGACCCUUGGUAGCUGGUGUGCGCAAAGAGCAGUAAUACUUCUCCCCGAGGGCGAUGGCACUUUGUGGAAACGGACUAUUGAAGUCCCAAGGGGAGUUGUAGCAAAUUAUCGCUACUUUAAAGGCUACUUUCUAGAAUCUAAGAACGCAAGUGUUCCAUGUCAAGUCAUAGUCAAUAAGUGGGAGACUCACCAACACCCGCGAACUUUGCAGUGCUCAGAGUCUGACAUCUUUAUCGACGAUGGACAUUUUGGUUUUCAUAACGGCGUAGAAUGUGUGGAUUCAGGCUGGCUGACAUGUCAGACGGAAAUCCGCCUGCGCCUCCAUCAUUCCCAGAAGUCCCCUGUGUCGAUCACAAAGAAAAAAUUCAAGAAGUCGAGAUUCAGACUGAAGCUGAUGCUGGAAGGCAUUGAGGAAGAAGAGGAGGAGGAUGAUGAUCAUGAGGAGCAGAGUCCCACAGCCUGGAAUAAAAUGACCACCACGCUGGAGAUCAGCAUGAUCAGCAGCAGUGGUUACAAGUCUCGUCAUUCACAGCCGGAAUGUGGCUAUGCCCUUGAGCCUGACCGCUGGACCGAGUACAGCAUCCUCACCAUGGAUCCCGACAACCUCGAGCUGACCUUUGAGUUCUUUGAGGAGGAGCUGAGUGAGACGGUUGUCCAGGGCGAUGUUCAUCCUGGCCAUGUCGGUACUGCCUGCCUGCUCUCAUCCUCCUUUCUGGAAAGUGGGAAGAACAUUGGAGUGGUCACUCUGCCCAUAAUGGGCAGAAAUUCCAGGCAAACCAUUGGGAAAGUCAGAGUGGACUACCUCGUGAUAAGACCAAUUAAAGGUUUUAUGUGUGACAUGCGUUCCUCGUUCACAAAGUACUGGAAGAAGAGAAGUGCUUUGGAUGUUGGGCACAGAGGAGCUGGCUGCUCACAUUCAGCUAAGCACACCAAGAUCAGGGAAAAUACCAUCGCAUCAUUCAAAAGUGCUGCAAAUCAUGGUGCUGCCUAUGUUGAGUUUGAUGUCCAUCUUUCUAAGGAUUGUAUCCCUAUUGUGUACCAUGAUCUCACAUGCUGUAUUUCUACGAAAAAGAAAAAUCAGGAACCGUCUCUUGAACUGUUUGAAGUUCCUGUAAAGGAUCUCACAUUUGAUCAGCUCCAGCUUUUGAAGCUGGCCCAUGUGACAGCCAUGAAAGUGACAGACCACAAAGAUUGCUUUGACGAGGAGGAGUAUGUCGCUGAACACCAGCCUUUUCCGUCACUUUCCCAGAUCUUUCAAGCAGUUCCUGAACAUGUAGGCUUCAACAUUGAGCUGAAAUGGAUUUCUCAGAUGAGGGAUGGAACCUGGGAUGGAAACCUGUCAUCGUACUUUGACAUGAACAUGUUUCUCGACACCAUCCUAGUAUGCGUGCACCAGCUUGCAGGCAAACGAAGAAUAGUCUUCUCAUCCUUUGAUCCUGAUAUAUGCACAAUGGUUCGCCAGAAGCAGAACAAAUAUCCCAUUCUGUUCCUAACUCAAGGCGUCUCUGACAUCUACCCAGAGCUGAUGGACCUUCGCUGCCGCACUACUGAAAUCGCUAUGAGUUUUGCACAGAGUGAGGAUAUUUUGGGAAUCAGCGCACAUACAGAGGAUCUGCUGAGGAAUAUGGACCUCAUCAAAGAUACCCAGUCAAAGGGCCUGGUGAUCUUCUGCUGGGGGGACGACAACAACGAUCACGAGAACAGGAGGAAGCUGCGAGAGCACAGCAUUGACGGCCUCAUCUAUGACAGAAUUUUUGAAUGCCAGAUGGCACAUUACAUUGAUUCGAGUUCUACAGACACCAGUAAUGUCUCUCUACCUGACCUGAUCUGUGAUGUUGAGCAGUCAAACAUCUUCAAAGUAGAGGAGGAGGUGUCGCUGAAGGCAGUCAUUCCAGAGGAGACACUAAAGAGCUGCAUCUGCUCCACCUACAGCAUCCCGUGCUCCUCCUUGCCCUGUACCAGGAGAGCAGGGGCAGGCAGUGCUGAAUCUGACUCAGGCCUUAGCUCAUCAUGACCUUUCACCAAGUGCUGAUGCCAACAGAUAUGUAAAGACUAGUCUUAUUCCAUCAUUGCUAAAUUUGAGCCUGGGAGGUGAUCUUGGCCAAAAUUGCUUCAGCUUUGUGACUCAAGAAGUAAAUGCCUUUUUCAUUUAUGUGGGCCACAGUUGUGCGUGACGGUAGCAGAGCUGCUGAACAACUUAUACUGUAGCCUUACUUUUUUUCUCAGGUUUAUUUAUUUGUUUGUAUAGAUCAUAAUUGUGUAGCUUCACCAAAUUAUGUUUAUUCCAUGACUCCUUACUUUAAGAAGUGUACGCUUAGGGUCAGCUGUGCCAGAUGCAAUCAUUACAAGAAAAGGAAAACAGAUUAAUGUUCAUGUGUCUGUACACUUUUCCCAACUGCUGUUUUUUUUAGAAAAUGUUUUUCUGCUUGGGUUGUCAGCCAUAACAUGUCUGUCAGUCGUGAUUAUGUUGAUACCUCAAUACAGAUAAGUGGAGAAUUUUGAUAAACGUUCAUUUAUAGGUCUGGAUCCUGUUUCACAGCAUCGCACCUUAUAACAUAUAAGUAUAUACCUAUAAAUGUGCACUUAUUUAUAAGAUGUAUGCUCAAUACAUAUUUGAAAUUUGUGGCUUAUCUAAAUGUAAAAUAUAUUCAGAUGCUUGUGUUCCCUAGUAAUUCACAUGCACAAAUUCAUAUAAACUGUUACUGAGCUCAAUUUUUACUUUUCUGUGCCUGCAAAUUCAUACAUGAUUUAUUUUAGGAUCUAAGUCUGUUUAUCGUGAUUGCAGGACACGUCCUGUUCCCUUUUGUUAUAGCUGACAACCUGCUGCAUAUAAUGACAUUGUGAAAUGCUGAAAGUCACACUGAGAAACAGGAACGCCUCUGGCUGGUUAAAAAAAAAAAUCUCAUUUGCCUUCAGAAUAACUGGUGAAAAGGUGAUUAUGCUGCUUUAUUUACUUAUAAUGUAUGAUGGUUUCAACUGAACCUGUUUGCAGUGUUUCGCCUUGAAUCUGGGUAGAUGCUGCCGAAAAAGCCCUACGUGAGCUGGUGAUGGAGCGCUGGUGGCAUUUUGAAACCGUGAUUAGCAGACGGAUGCAGUCUGCAGCGCCAUCUGUGUCUGUGUUUUUUGCUACUCAAGUUACUGUGUGCUCACAUUGGAGCCUGUAUAACUGAUUUAAUGUGACAUUCGGGUAGCACUGGACAUUAUUAGGUAGUGUUAGAUCGUUUCAGUCCUCACACACAGGAGUACCUCACUUCAGUGUGUGCAUAGCACUCUUCCAUGUUGUUCCUUUCUUCACAUGGCAUUGCAGCUUCACUUGAUGCAGGAAUUCAGUCAUGCGCAUAAUUGCACUGUAUCUGACAUUUUAUGUACAUUAGUGCUCAUAUUCUCUGUGGAAAAGCAGAUGUCUUAAAUGUAUUCUAAAUGGUACCGAGUGCCAUUUUUGAUGGAGUACUCUUAAAAAUGGAAAUGCAUAAAUAAAAAAAAAUAAGACCAAUGAAAA